AUAUUCAACCUGCAAAGCAUGGACAUAUGGUAUAGUGUUGCUGUGCUGUCUUUCUCAAUCUCUCUGUGUCCCCAACGAUGAUGAUCGAUGGUAAAUACAUGAGCAGGCAGCUGUCUUUCUCAAGCUAUAAGCUCAGCUGGCCGCAAAAACAGUAAAACAUGGCUGUCUUUCUCAAGUCGUCCUGCUCUUGCAGACAAAGAGGUAGCUGCUAGCUAGGUGAAAGCAAAUGCAUUCAAAAGGGCCGGUGUGGAGGUGCAUGAAAUUGAACAUCUUUAGCUCAACUCAUUCAAUGGCUCAGCUCAUCAUCAAGUCGUUCUCAAAGUUCAAGCCUCACCAUCACUAGACCAACAUCACCUCCCCCCCAACAGUACUAAUUGUACUAGCUGCUCUUAGGUAACUAGGGUUAAUCGCUUGGUGCUAUUUCAUUGAAACUCUUGAAAGCAACCCCAACAAGCUAAGAGAGGGGAUAUAAUGUUUCCCUCAAACUCAAACAAUAAUCUCAACAAUACUGGCAACGAAUUACCCGUGUCUUAUCCUCAUGUCGACCAAUCCUUUUUCCACAGCCGGCCUUUUCUCCAUGAAAUCACUACAUUAAACCCCAAUUCCCUUCAUCCCAAUCUCAAUUCCAAACAAGAAGAAGAACAACGACAACAAGAAGGCCCUCAUCACCAUCCUUUGUCUUUCUUCUACUUCCCCUCUCCUUUAGAAGACGACGAUGUUUUACUCUUCCAACAACACCAUCACUAUGACCAUCAGCAUGACCAUGUCCAUGACAUGCCGCUCCAUGACUCACAACAAGCACCACCCCUUACUACUAUGAGGGAAGCUGUUGCUGCUAACAACACCUUAGCCGAUGAUCAUCGUCAGACCACCACCACUUCCACUACUCUCAAUAUUAAAAUGGUGGAUUGGGAUUCCAACAAAAAUCAUGGCGAGAUGAUGAAUAUGGAUCAGCCACAGAUCCCGAGAAGAAGGUCUUGCAAGAGAGACCGCCACAGCAAGAUAAAUACUGCCCGAGGCCUCAGGGACCGCAGAAUGAGAUUGUCGCUUGAAGUUGCCCGCAAGUUCUUCUGGUUGCAAGACGCACUGCACUUUGACAAGGCCAGCAAAACCGUUGAGUGGUUGCUCAUUCAGGCCACACCUGAAAUCAAGAAACUAGUAGGAGACUGCAAACACAUGAUGAGCUCUACCAAAAGCACAUCUCCUGCCACUUCUGAGUCAUGCGAAGUGAUAUCUGGCAUAGACGAGGCUGCAACAAACACCAACAUUCACAUUAAUAUUGAUGGGGGAAAUGAUGGUGAUGAUAAACUAAUACAAAGCUGCGAGAUCCAGCCUUCAGCCAAAGAGAGAAAGGUUGCCCGCCGGCAAUUGUCAAGGAAGACCGCAUUUCACCCUCUUUCAAAAGCUUCGAGGGAAAAGGCAAGGGCAAGGGCAAGGGAAAAAGCAAGAGAAAAGCAGCGGACGCAUCAAAGAGUAGUUGAUGUUGAUGAUCAAUCUAAGAAGCAAAGAGGUGAUCAGGAAAACCUGAGCCGAUUGGGUUCUUGGAGCCCCUUUGAAACUGGGGAAGAAUCAGCUGGGACUCAAAGCCACAACAACAACAACAUAAGCAUCAAUUCAUUGGAGGGGCUGGUUCAUCACGAGAUUGAAGAACCAAUGAGCAGCUGCCAAGUAGGAGAUCAUCCAGACUUGGUUGUUGAUCAUGGAACUACACAUGAUCCUUUGGUGAUUAUGGGAAAGUGGAGCCCCCCUUCAAUAUUCAGUUCUCUGCAGCAAAACAUUGGAAUUUCCCAAGAGCACCAUCAGUUUGCAGACAUCCAAUUCUUUGGAAAACCAUGGGAGGUCUACAACAAUCCUCAUAAUCUAUUCUAACGUGGAGUUCUCUCCUCAAUCUUUAAUCUUAAUUUCAAGCGCCUCAAAACAUUCUCAUCACUAGCUUAUUGUUGUUGUGUAUUGCGUUUCUUUCUGUUUGGAAUAAUGUAAUAUAGCAAAUUAAGUAUCUUUAUUGUAAUCUUCCUCUGAACUACAAAAUAUGUAAAUGAAAAUUAGUAUUCUGGUUCCC